GGCAGAAGCUCGUGCGCGUCACCAGCCUCCUGCUGUGCCAGGGAUCGCUCUGGGUGGGGACGGAUCUGGGAAUCAUCGUCCUGCUGCCCGUGCCGCGCCUGGAGGGCAUCCCGAAAAUCACCGGCAAGGGCCUGGUGUCCCUCAACGGCCACUGGGGCCCGGUGCAGUUCCUGGCGCUGGCUCUCAGCACCUUGGCCCCGGACGCGCUCCGCCCCGAGCGCGACGACCCCGACCCGGCCCGGCGCGAGGAGGAGGAGGAGGAGGAGGAGAAAUCCGCGGAUCCGGAGGCGCUCCCGCCGCGGGAAAUGCGGAAAAAAGGGAUCCUGUUACAGUACCGGCUGCGCUCCACCGCCCACCUGCCCGGCCAGCUGCUCUCCGUGCGGGAAGCGGAGCCGGGAACGCCGGGAACGCCGGGACACGCCGAGGAGGACGGAUCCAUCUACGAGCUGGCCGACGAUCCCGACGUGUGGGUGCGGAGCCGGCCCUGCUCCCGGGAUUCUUCCCGCAAGGAAAUCUCCUCGGUGGCCAUCGUCUCCGGAGGCCGCGGGUACCGGGAUUUCCGGGCGGAAUCCGCGCGCCGCUCCGGAGACGCCGACAGCUCCCUGCUCAUCUGGCAGCUCCCGCUGGCGCUGUGAAUUCCCGCACGGAAUUCCGCCCCCCCCCCGGUUUUCCUACCUCAGGAAUCGCCCGGAUUCCCGGGAGCGGCGCUUCCGCCGCUGGCGAGGAAAAAACAAACAAACAAAAAAAAAAAACUGGGAAAAAGGCGGGAUUUUCCCCCCGAAUCCGGCGGAUCUGGAGCUGGGAGCGGCGGGGUUUUCCCGGUUUUCCUCUCUGUGUGUGCGUGUGCGCGUGCGUGUGCGUGUGGAAAAUCCCUAGAGAUAGAAAUCCCUGGAUUAUAAAUAGGCUGUACAUUAUUACCUGUAAAAAAGAAGGAAUCUGUAUAUAUUGGGAAUGCCGGGAAGAGCGGGAGCGGCUCCCAAAAAAGCGGCUCCGGCUGCGAUAUCCGCUCCUAUUCCCGACUGGGAAUUCGAGGAUCUUCCGUACGGAAACCCCCUGGAUUUGGGAGCCGAGCCCGCUCGGCUUCCCGAGGAAAGGAAAACGGGGGGAGUGUGGAAAUAAAUCCCAUAGG